ACAAAGGUCUCUCUCACUCUCAGGCUUGGCUGCAGAGGUAUGGCUACCUCCCUCCCACAGACCCCAGAAUGUCCGUCCUGCGGUCAGAACAGACCAUGCAUUCUGCUAUCGCUGCCAUGCAGCGUCUCUACGGCCUUAACGUCACCGGUGAACUGGAUAAGAACACCAUUGAUGAUAUCACCAUAAGCUGGAUGAAGAAGCCACGAUGUGGGGUGCCAGACCAGUUCGGCGGUGCCUCGAAAUUUAGCGUCCGAAAAAGACGUUACGCCCUCACAGGGCAGAAAUGGCAACAUAAACAUAUCACAUACAGGUUAGUUACAAAAACACACUUACUUU